AUGUCUGUUUUCACCAGUCUGCAAGCAAAUCCUGAGGGCUCUCUUACAAAAGAUAUUAGAGAUAACCAACAACUAUUGGUAAGAAGCAAGUCUUCGGGGCUACAUGAUCCCCAUGAAAUUUGUGGAAACUCUCCUACCGAACAUGUCUCACCCCAUCUAAUCCCUCUUAAAUCGGUGAUCGGUGAGGAACACUCUAACGACAAAGUCAAAUGGAUUUCUGGUGUUGUGGAGUCAGCGAAGAGACGAUUUGGCAGAAUUCCUCGCGGAGGAUGGAGACUUAUUGCCGAAUGUUUCAACGUCCGCUUUCUCACUCAAAAGAGUGUCUCUGAUGUGAAAAACUUACUGAAUGUAAAGCCCUGCUCUAAUGGCUGUGGCAGUCGAAAUAAUGUGGAUACCUCAGAUUACUUAUUGCCAAAGACAGAAAUCUCCAUUUAUGGUAAAUGCAAGGAAGAGUUUAAUCUCCAAAUUCAGGAACUUAAAUCAAUCCCACGAAAUGCGAGAAUGCCCACAAAGAAGAUUCCGUAUAAAUUGCUAAAGACUGAUGUUCUUGUCGCAAUUAAUGCAGUGAUUUCGAACUAUAUAUUAUCUUCUCCGCCUGCAAGCAUAAAUGAAAUCACGGAUAUAAUUUAUGCCGGGCAAUGCUCAUAUGAAAACAUUACGAGGCAACCCCUAACAAAAAGCACAUGGCUUGAGGAUACGGAAAGAAAGAUUUCCAAACUUAGAGAAAAUCUAACUUUCGUUAAUAAGUUUAAUGGCCAGCAAUCUAAAGACGAAAAAGAGAAGACACUGAACAUUUUAUGCUCGUUUGGAUACAAAAAAUCCAGAAAGGGAGAGCUGGCACGCGUAUCUAGUCUUAUUGAAGAUAGAGUCAAAAUUAUGGAGAAAAAAAUCUCAACCUAUCGCUCCAGAAAGUCGUUUAGACAAGAUAAUUUCUGUUUUGAACUAAACAGGAGAAGAUUCUAUCGAAGACUGAACUGUGAAAACAAAGAUUCUGAUUGUCAAGUCCCAGAAGAUAAGUGUCUAUCUUUCUGGAAGGGCGUAUGGAAGAAAGAGGAGAACCGUGCUCCUAAAGCUAUUGUUGGUAAGCAUAUUACUGGAGCUGAACAGCUUCCAAGUGACGUGAAAACUGAUUUUAUCAAGAAUGUUAUCCAGUGUGUACCCAAUUGGAAAGCCGCGGGUUGUGACGGAGUUUAUGGAUUUUUUAUCAAAAAGUUCGAAGCUCUUCAUGGCCAUUUGUGCGAUGAGAUCCUUAAAAUUGUGAACGGAGGCUAUUCCCCUGCUGAGUGGUUUUACACAGGAGUAACAUACCUCAUUCCAAAAAAUGAAAAGUGCCAUUCCCCAAAUGACUUAAGGCCGAUUACCUGCAUGCCUAUAUUGUACAAACUUGUCACUAAAUGUGUGAAUACAAAGCUUACAGACUAUAUCGAAGCGUUUAACCUUAUCUCGGAUAAUCAGCUGGGAGCUAGAAGGCAAUGCCAAGGCGCAAAGGAACAAGCACUAAUAAACCAGUGUGUCAAUAGUGAGUAUGGAAAUAACUUAUUUGCAACGUGGAUCGAUGUCAGAAAGGCAUUUGAUUCUGUCAAUCAUGAAUUCUUAUGUCAAGUGCUUGAUCAGUCUGGAAUUCCGAAUUGGAUCACAAAUUUUGUGAAAACUUUAAUCAAAAAUUGGAAUGUCAUUUUGACACUUAACAAUAAGAGAAUUGGAACUGUAAAAUUGGAAAGAGGAAUCUUACAAGGAGACUCACUCUCUCCACAACUCUUCACUCUGGUAAUGGAUCCGUUAAGUAGGAGCUUGAAUAUGAAGUUCCCGAAGGUGCGUAUAGGUCAAAAUGACCCGUUCACGGUUUCAUAUUCAACAAACCAUUUGUUGUUUAUUGACGACCUGAAAAUAAUUGCUGAGAAAGAAGACACCGUUCUAAAAAUGAUGGAAGAUGUCGAUGAAUAUUUUGAUGCCGUUGGCCUCAAGAGGAACUCGGAAAAGUCUGCGACUAACCUGGACUAUGUGAAAGAUACAAAAUGUCUGGAUGGGUGUGCUGGGUAUCGAUACCUGGGAGUCUUGGAGGAUAGAGGAAGUGAUGUCAAGAAAAUCGAGGUAAUGAAAACAAUUGCUCGAAACGUGAAAGAGAGAAUCGAGAGUCUUGCAAAAACAAAGUUAAGUGCAGUAAACCUCUUUAAAGCGAUAAACGAAUAUGCACUCUCUCUCUACAACUACUAUAUCGGAUUGAUCGACAUUGAACCGAGUGAGUUUGAUGCCAUUGAUUGGUAA